AUGUCCGCACCACCAUUCAAGUUCCCACCAGCACCAGCCGACGACGACACCACCGCCAACAGCAACACCACCACCACCCUCCCUCUCCGCGCCCUCCUCAACGAAGGCGCCGCCACCGGCCACGAGCCACUCCAGAACAAGUACGCCACCCACCCACUCGUCAUGUUCGACAACAACCGUACCGCCGACAAGAACCUUGUCGGUGCCUGGUCCGCCCUCAUGAACCUGGGCCGCAAGGGCGACGCCGAGAAGAUCCGCAAAAUCGGCAACACCACUUUCGGCGAGAAGCAGUUCGAGGGUGCCAUCUCGACCGCCAUCACCCACGGUAGUGGAGAUCCGCCUGCUGAGGAGGAUGUUGCUGCUGCAGGAUUCGCACGUGUUGAGGUCGCCCCCGGCCUCGAGGAUCCAUCCGGCGACGACCGCGAGACGGCAAAGAAGUGCCUCGCCACCGCAGCUCGUGCAUUCGGCGAUCUGCGCCAGCAAGGCAUCGCGGAGAAGAUCGAUGUCGUUUUCAAGAGCGCGUUCGGCGAGAGCAUUGAGGAGUACUGGGUAUGA